AUUAAGCCAAGUUGAUCGUACUGCAAACCUCGUGAUCCGCACACUCUCAAAAGUUGGCAAACAACGUUACGUCGUUCGACGGAGUUUAUCAGAAGUUGUGAACACUUGCCAUAAUAACUAGCCAGGCUGUGGAUAUAAUAUUCAGUGAUACACGCAUCACAGGCUGGAGUUCUCAUCGUGUGCUGCGGGGCUCAAGAUUUCCUUGUGGUAUUUCACGGAAACCUGUUGAACCCGAGGAGCCUCUCGAGGAAUGCGAUUUUGAAAAAGGGCGGAAAACGUGAAGUGAAAUCGAUCCCAGAUAGGAGCAAGAUGAGGGGAAUUUCUGAUAGAAGAUUAAUUUAACGGGAGAAAACACGCCAAGAUGUAUACAGAAUGGGAAAAGGGUGAACUCGUGUGGUUCGACCCGGGGGUCGGCCACGUGCUGCCCGGUGAAGUUCUGGAGUACCACAGAGCUGCGCACGUGUUGUCGGUGCAGGCGGUAAUUGCUGGAAAGCCUCAAGUUUUCACCCUGACGAAUUUGAACGGGGUGAGACCGCGGCAAGACCUUGGCCAGAAUGGAGUCGAAGACAUGAUUCAACUGUCAGACUUGAACGAAGCGUCGUUACUAUGGAACUUAAAAAUCCGUUACGACAAGGAACUGAUCUACACGUACACAGGCAGCAUACUGGUUGCGGUGAACCCCUACAAAAUGUUCGACAUCUAUGGGCUUGAUCAAGUCAAAUUGUACGAAGGACGAAUCCUGGGAACCUUGGCUCCACAUCUAUUCGCCAUCGGAUCUUCAGCGUACAGUCAAGUCUCGGCGGCGAACAACGCGAGCGCAAAUCAAGUUGUCGUCAUAUCCGGUGAGUCUGGAUCAGGAAAAACAGAAUCGACAAAAUUGGUGAUGCAGUAUUUGGCCGCGGUGAAUAGAGCACCGAGCAAUCUCGUGACAGAACAAAUUCUGGAGGCUGCACCGUUGCUGGAAAGCUUUGGUAACGCGAAAACUCCAAGGAACGACAACAGCAGUCGAUUUGGAAAAUAUCUGGAGGUUCAUUUCAGAGACGGUGUGAUAGUUGGCGGCAGAGUGACCCAGUAUCUCUUAGAAAAGAGCAGAAUAGUAACGCAGGCGUCGGAGGAGAGAAAUUACCACGUGUUUUAUGAGCUCCUGGCAGGUCUGGAUCAACAACUGCGUGACAAGUACGGUCUACUCACGCCUGACAAAUACUUCUACCUAAACCAGGGCGGCAGCUGUGAAAUCGAUGGAAAGAAUGACACGCAGGACUUCAAGGCCCUGCUAUCGGCCAUGCAAGUAUUGGGUUUCACGUCUGAGGAACAAGAUACUAUAUUCCGGAUUCUUGGUAGCGUUUUGCACUUGGGUAACGUCUACUUUCACCGGAAGCAACUGAGACAUGGACAGGAGGGUGUUGAGGUUGGAUCCGACGCUGAAAUUCGCUGGGCCGCACACUUGCUGCAGGUCAACGCCGACGGCAUCAUCAGGGCGUUAACCACCAAGACGACCGAAGCCAGAAACGAGAGAGUCGUGACUGCCCUGAACAUCGACCAGGCCUUGGACGCCCGGGACGCGUUUGCAAAGGCACUUUACAGUUCCCUAUUUGCGUGGCUCGUUGCUCGAGUAAAUCAUAUCGUUUACAAGGGUACAAAGCAGACCUCGGCGAUAUCAAUUCUGGAUAUAUUCGGCUUUGAGAAUUUUACAGAGAACAGCUUCGAGCAGCUAUGCAUCAACUAUGCGAAUGAAAAUUUACACUUCUAUUUCAACAAGCACAUAUUUAAGCUUGAACAGCAGGAGUACGCGAAGGAAAAGAUUGACUGGACGACGAUUAACUAUACUGACAACCUCCCAGUGAUAAAUCUGAUCGCCAAGAAACCAGUGGGAAUACUUCACCUCCUGGACGAUGAAAGCAACUUUCCAAAGGCGAGCGAUUUGUCCUUUUUGGAAAAGUGUCACUACAAUCAUGCUCUCAGUGAACUUUACUCCAGGCCCAGAAUGAACUCGGCGGAAUUUGCUAUCAAACAUUACGCAGGUCAAGUUUGGUAUAACGUCGAGGGUUUCCUUGACAAAAAUAGAGAUACUCUGAGACCAGACGUCGUCGAGCUACUUAUCAGCAGUAAAAUACUCAUGGUUAGCAAGAUGUUCCAGCAUGUGAGAACGACUCACGAAGCAAACAAAACCAUGAACAAGCCAAACGGCAGAUUCGUGACGAUGAAGCCACGAACUCCGACAGUUUCAGCCAGAUUCCACGACAGCCUGCAGCAGCUUUUGGACUUGAUGUCACAGUGUAAUCCAUGGUUCGUACGCUGUAUAAAACCGAACACAGAAAAGGCGCCGAUGAAGUUCGACAUGCCUUGUGUACUGGAACAGCUACGUUACACGGGAAUGCUGGAAACGAUUCGGAUUCGUAAAACGGGCUACCCUGUGCGCCUUUUGUUCAGUCACUUCGUAGAUCGCUACAGAUACCUGGUGCACACUAAUCUACCACGCGGUGCGCCGAACAAGGAACUGUGCAGAAUGAUCCUCGACAAGGCCGCGCCACAGGAGUCACAUACUCAGUAUCAGUUGGGGCUGACCAGAGUUUUCUUGAGGGAGUCACUGGAAAGGACUCUCGAAUACAACAGAGCGCUGAUCCUCGAAAGAGCUGCCAUCACCGUCCAGCGGUAUACCAGAGGCUUCCUCGCUCGCAGGAGAUUCUUGAACAUUUCUCGAAGCACCGUUCUCCUCCAGGCAGUCUACCGCGGGUACCGCGAACGGAAAAACUACAAAGCUCUUAAAAGGGGUGCAAUUAUGGCACAAAAGCUGCACAGGGGCAGAAGAGAGAGAGCCAAGUUCAGGAUCCUCAAGGCCGAGAUGCAGAAGAGAGCUGAGAUCGAGAAGGCCAGCAGGGAAAGAGCCAAGGCCAAACAGCAGCGCGAGGAACAGGAAAGAGCCUCCAGAGCUGUGGCUGGUGUUAAUCAUCUGGAGAUUCCAGCCGAGCUUGCCUUCAUCUACAGCAAACUAGACGACUGGCACCCGACACACACGGAACGGAAUUUGCUCAAGGUAGUUGGUCCCGUGGUACCGCAGCCUUACAGUUAUCGUCUCCCAGCUGACAUUGACCAGCACCAGUUCUCGAAAUUCACGAAUAUCUACUUCAAGAGUCAUAUUUUUGGGAUGAAACGGGAACCGAUUAAGACACCGUUCUUAGCGAAGGCGCGGGACCAGGACUACACUGACUCUCUGAUGAUUUUUAAAAUGCUUUUGCGAUUCAUGAACGAGAACAACCUCAGUGGAAAGCGCGAGCAGGCUCUUGGUGACUACAUUGUCAACAAGGGGAUAGUUAACGAGAAACUGAGAGACGAGAUUCUCUGUCAAUUGGCUAAUCAGACGUGGAAAAAUGAGAAUGACGCUAAUAAGGAGAGGGGCUGGCUCUUGCUGUCGAAUUGUUUAUCAGCCUUCCAACCGAGUCCGACGCUCUUCAAAUACCUUCUCAAAUACGUUUCUGACCACGCUUAUGACGGUUACAAGGCCUAUUGUCAGCGAAAACUUCUUCAGGGUGAAAGAACCGUGCUCAGAAUGACGAGCAACAAUCAAUCAGCGACCUAUCAAGUCGCCAGAAAUUAUCCACCCUGUGUUCUGGAGUGGCGAGCAAACAGAAACAGAGUGAACAUGGCGCUAAACGUUGGCUUUUACGAUGGUGAAACUACGACUUGUGCCGUCGACUCUUGGACGUCGUGUGAAGAGCUGGCUAAUCUCGCAGUCCAGAAUCAUGGUGUUGAUAACACAGGCUGGACCAUCACCUUGUGGAAUCAGUUAGACGGGCCCGACGCGAUAGUCACUGAAACCAGUGGAUUUGAUUACGUUCUGGAUCUGAUUUCGGAAAUGGAACUCACUCCAGCUUUCCCUUCGGCUAAGAAUAUCUUCAUGGAACAGAGGAAGAACAGCUUCCCAGCAAUUAAGAAACGAGAGCAUGCUCAAGUGAUGAGGGAACUGGAACAGGAGCUCGAACCACCUGUGUUGAAGACGUUCCAGCCUCUGGAGAGAAAACCAAUUCCGAAAGCCGUUGAAAAGCCAGUCGUAGAAACAGAGAUUCAAUCUCCGAGACGGCCAGCUGUCCCGCCGCCACAACCACCAGUUGCCAAAGCUCCUCAGACUAGAAAACAGUCUCACGAAGGAAUACUGGAGACUUCUGAAUCGGGCCUCUCCCGAAAAUCAGCCCUGAAUGAUCGUUACUUUGAGAAAGACAAGCAGCGUAGUAGAAGUUUGGACAAUUUAUUGCAACCGGACGCGGUGACCCCACCAAGUAAACUUGCGAACCUGGGACUGUCGUCGUCUAAGUUGAACGAGCGAUACCACAGCCUGGAAAGAAUCGGGGAAACAUCGGCGGUGACGAACGUUGAGUACAUGAGCAGGGCUGAGAUCAUUCAGGAGAGGAAAUACAGUCGCAUCAGCCGAACAACAGAGCCCAAUAUUCUGGAAGAGGAAGACCUGACCAUCGAUUUCGAAUACCCAGACAUUCAGUCGGUUAGUCAGACCGGAAGAUCCGAGGACGACAAGAGUAGCUACAUCAGGUCACAGACGAGAUUCAUCAAGUCGCAGUACCCAGGGAAACGCGCUUUUCCUGGAAGCCAAUCGAGCAGAGCCUACAUCGAGAAGAGCGAAUACGGGGGAGUGAAGUCGUCCGCAAUGUCCGAUACCAGCGAGGCACCAUCCUUGGCUUCCCACGUGAGGAGAGUCCGGGUUCCAAGUCAAGCAUCUGACGUUGAUCAGUUUUUAGAUGAACUGUUCAUGCCGGUGCUUGACGGGAAUUUGGACGAGCUUUCGGACGCUAGGAGUCUAGCCGCAAGUAUCAAGGGCUUAGCGAACAGAGGAGGAGCAGCUAAGACUACGGGAGAUUUCGUGAGCUGGGUAACCGAAGAGAGUUUUGCCGAUAGUGAAAUCGACUCGGUUACCCCAGGGGAAAUUGCAUCGAGGAUAAAGGGAGGUGGGAAUAUGGACAUUCCAAAUCAGAAUACGGCGUUCAAUUUCAACCCAAUGUCUCCGGCCGGGAUGAUGUCACCCCCAAUGAUGAUGCCGAUGUUCAGCCCGACCCAGCCUGUUCAGAAUCAGCAAAACCCUGGAAUGAACUCCGGCUUCAUGCCCAUUCCCAUUUACAACAUGCAGGGCCUCAAUUUGCCCGCUCAAUACCCAAACUCUCCGCCCAAUCAGAACAAUGACAUAGCUGCGUACCAGCAGAAUUUGCAAAGAGCUUUUUUGCAGAGCGCUAUGGCACAGAAUAUCCAAAUUCAGCAGCAACUCUUAGCCCAAAAUCAAGCGCUCCAACAGCUUCUGGUCCAGAGUCCUCAGAACGCAGCUCAGCAGCCGGGCAUGCCUUCUCCUCCGACGUACUCUGCGGGCCCUUUGGGCAUGCCUCUAGCCCCCCCAGCCCCAAACAAUCAAAACGAAAUGAUUCAAAUGAAUGAAACGAACAAAAUGAACGAACUGGGCCCCAAUGACUCUAUCGGACGCUAUUCCAAGGUCUCCUUCCGCGAGCCAAACGACGGUGAGCUUUGGUCGACAGAAAAACGUACAAUGCCUGCGCAGUCGACGCCGGUAGUAGUUCGGCAGGAAACGGUGGUUGUCAAGGCGCAGGUUCACCGGUCCCAGAGCCCACCUCGAAAGGGAAGCGGAAGCCAGGAGACCCGUAAGGUCAGUAACGAUUACGGCGUGCGGAAGAUCAGUGUCGAACGGAAGUCGAACGAGAGGAAAAUAUCUUCGUCUUCCGAGCUGCGGCGGACCAGUGUAAACAAGGGAAACGUUCAGACCAACUUCACAAACGUUUUAAGCGAGCUCAAGAACCGGAAGAGCAGCGUUGAAAGCAACAUUUCUAGUUCGAGCAACAGCAAGGGGGUUCCUCCACCCCCGCCGAUGCCGCCACCCCUGGAACUCAACGAUCCGUCGGAAUCCAGGCCGUUCCUUGACCCAUAUGGUAGAGCGAAGACUGUGCGGAUUGGAAAGUGGAGGUGGCCCCCGCCGAGCGACGCUACCGAAGCUCAGAUUCAAGACAGCUUCAUAGAGUUCAAAAUGCGGCAGCAGCAUCAACAGAGGAAAAUCACACCUCAGUACCAGGAGUACCAGGUCGAGGGUGAGAAUUCUGCUGAAGGGGGUGUUGAAUGGGAAGAAUUUGAGAUUGAGAACGUCAACGGAAGCGAAGAGCGCAGUUCGAACAAUCGCAACGCGACUACGAGCCCCUCUAGGCACGAAGAUGGUCACAAAGAUGACGGGGAGAGGAAGAAGAAGAAGUCUAAAUCUGGAUUCGAAAUCGGAGCUCAACGCCCGUCUCCUGGUAGCAUUGGCAAGCUCAAACUUAGCUCGGAGAUGAGACAGCGGCUAGAAAAGGUUACGGCAAACCACAGCGUCAGGUCGACCAAGACAACUGAGAAACCGGCCUUACCCAGAGAGGAUGGCAAGGUCAAGAGGCUAGAAGACAACAGGAAACUUCUACUGGAACAGCAACUAGGUGGAAGGUGGGACGACUACGCCUCAACGACUGCCGAUGACGCUCAGAGCGUAACGUCAAAGGGAACGACGGACAUGAUGACGCAGGCCCAAGUGGUUCGCAGUCAGAUUGAGCGAAUGGAGAGACCGGCGCCACCCCCACCUCCAGUCACACCCCCGCAGCCACCCAGUCCUCGAGGUGGCAGCAUGUACAGUCACAGUCAAUCCGGAGUGCCUCAGCCCAGAUCACCGCCAGCCCCAGUGGAGCCUAAGAGUCGCGACGUCUUCCGAGGCUCUCCGGAGUCGGACAUGUUCGACCACUCGCCAAAGAACCAGAGAGACAUGUUCAGUCAAAGUCGAGACUUGUUCGCGUCGCAGCAGCACCUCAGGGAGUCCCAAGAGUACCGAACGCAGUACGAAAAUGGCAAAAACUUUUACGGCAAGGACAGCACGGACAUGGCAAGCUCGACGCGGGACAACCGAAGCGCCGAUUUCGACUCGAGGAAGGACGGAACCUCCGAUAUAUUCGACGCGGUGUCGUCGAAAACGCCUUACGGUAGGGAUGCUUACUCCUCGGGGAGGGACAUAUUUGACACGACAAACGCGAAGAGGGACUCCUUCGGGAUGAUGAGAGACGUGUCGCCGAAGUCUAGGGACAGCUUUGGAAUGCCGUCUUCGAGGGACUUCGGCGUGGUCCCCAAUACUCGGGAUUCAUUCGCAGCCCAGCGUCAGGGGUUCAAACGUCUAGACCGCGAGGCUGAGCGGAGAUCGAGCGUUGCCUCGACUCAUCACACCGAUAAGAUGGAGAGGAUCGAGAUCGAGGAGUGGCCCGAGUUUCUGAAGCCUGUUCUGCCACCGGUUGAGAAGCCGGAAAUCGAGAAGGCCCAGGAGGUCGUUGACACCAAGCUGUACCCUCAAACAUCCACUGCCCAUUUCACCUACAACCGGGUUACAUGGACCCUCAGAGUCAAGAAGGAGGUCUUUGCUCCUAGUGAGAAUUUGACCAGUCCUUUAGCUCUUCAUCUCGUCUUUUGCCAGGUCGCGUACGAUGUACUCGCCACCUCUAGCAUCAGGAUAAACAAGGAGGAUAGGCAGAACAUGCUUAAAAUGCUCGACAAUUAUGGAAUCAAUUUGGAAAACCUUCAGAGCACUCAGCACAAGAUCACGAUCAAAAAGAACGUCGUUGACAUGGCCAAGCAGUGGCCGAUCUAUUUCGCGAGGAUCUUUCCAGUUUCGAUCGGUCCGCAGCAUCCGGAAGCCCAGCACGUUGCCGUGUCGCAUCACGGUCUUCGGCUGAUAAAGAGAACGACGAGUGGUGAACUGGUAAUUCUAGAGACUCUGCUCCUCGAGGACAUCGUCGGUGUUGGACCGACCAGAUCCGGGGUCUGCAGUCUGCAGCUAUCUUCCGGCGUGAGGCUUCCUCUCCACACCAACAGAGCACCGCAGCUCGGAGAGAUGAUCAGCAAGUACAUCCGAUUGAUCGAGAAAAAGCCGGUGCACAAACCGAUCCAUCACGACAACCACGUGUCUCAGAUAACAAAGUCGAUUCAGUCGCAAGCUAGUCAUGCCAAUACUCAUCAAGUGGCCCAGGCGAGCCAGGCGAACCAGCUCAACAACCACAGCCACAAUCACGUGCUCGCAAAUCACGUUGGCAACAACCACAUGGUUACUGGAAAUCACGUCAAUCACGUAAACCAUCAGAACAGCCAGCAGAACAAUAUCCACCAAAAAAAUCACGUCCAGAGUCAAGAAUGGCGACAGCCCGACGAGGGCGGAAGACUCCAGGAAGAAAGCAUCUACGAAAGCGGUCCCGUGGUGAACGAUGGAAAGCAUUCGCUGCUGCAGUACGCAAUGCUCAACUUCCGGCAGAGCACAGAGAAAUUCGAGAUGCUCAAGACGGCCGAUGGCUCGAUCAGCGGUUCCCUCAAAGUGAUCGAGUCUCUCAAGAGCAAGAAGAAGAAGGACAAGAAAGGCAAGGGACAACAGGACGGCGCCGAGUGGACCUGGAAGGAACAGGUCGACUUGGUCAAGUACUCGCCGGUUCCGAUUGAGCAAAGCCUGCUUCGACUUGACCCCGAGCUCAGCGCCCUGGCCGUCGAGUGUUUCCUCUGUCUGAUGCGGUACAUGGGUGACCAGCCGCUUCCACCCGACAUGAGUGAAGUGAAAUGCGUCUACACGAUACUAAUGCACUGCCACAAACUGGAACUUCUGAGGGACGAGAUCUACUGUCAGCUGAUGAAGCAGACGACGAACAACAAGAGCCCAAAUCCUGACAGCUGUCAACGCGGCUGGAGGCUCUUCAGCAUUGUUGCUGCCUACUUCACAUGCAGCGAAGGACUCAGGCCGUAUCUCAUAAAGUACCUGGAGACCGCCGCCUACGACAAGAGAAGAGCCUUCCACGGCACCGCCACCGUCUGUCUUCAGAAUCUUCGAAAGACCGUCAAGUAUGGUGGCAGGAAAAACGUUCCCAGCGUAGAAGAGAUCAUGGCCAUCAGCGCUGGAAGAAACGCCAAACGACAAAUUUACAGACUACCAGGUGGAACGGAAAGGGUUAUAAACACCAAGUGCACGACGGUCGUUCAGGAUGUCAUAGAGGAAAUGUGCAGCGUAAUAUCAGUCAGAAAUCCUCACGAGAUGGACGAGUUUUCUCUCUACUGCAUCGUCGACGGUGACGCAUUUACGAUGCCCUUAGCCAGGGACGAAUAUAUCCUGGACGUAACGACGGAGCUGCACAAGAACCACCAAGUCUUCUACUUGAUAUUCUGCAGGUCCGUUUGGUACUAUCCACUGAGACUGGACGCCGCGCUGUACAUAGAAGUUGUUUUCAACCAAAUCGCACCUGAUUAUUUGGAAGGAUUGCUCCUGGUUAUACCCGGAGAUCAUCUUCCGCAGGAAAUUAUCUACGACAUGGCCCAGAAUGCGGCACUGUUGCACAAGGCUGCUGAUAUGACCCACGAGCCGACUACCAAGGAAAUAAAGUACCUUCUACCAAAACCAGCACUGAGUCUUAGAGAACCUCGACCACAACAAUGGGGCAAUAUGGUCCAGCAGGCGUGGAAUAAUGUGCAGCACAAUACCGCGGCUGCGUGUAAAGCGCAAGUACUAGAAAUAUUGUCUAAGUGGCCACUUUUUGGAUCGAGCUUCUUUGCUGUGAAAAGAGUCACUGAGGGCAAGGAGAAGGGCGGAGACCAUAUCCUGGCUCUGAACAGACAUGGUGUUCACUUUAUCGACCUGGUGACACACGAAACUUUGUACCACUAUCCAUACUCGGAGGUAAUAUCGACGCGUAAGGUGAAAUCGGAGGAAGGGACGUUGUACUUGGAUAUGAAAUGUGGAAAUUUGAUGCAACAGCGUAUAACCAGACUUCAGACCGAACAGGCCCACGAAAUAUCGCGGCUUAUCAGGCAGUACAUUACGAUGGAACAAAGAAUGACCAACGCCCAAGGUGCCAGCGUCGGUUUUGGACCGAGAUAGAGGAGGCUGGAGAUAAAGAAAAAAAAAAAAAAAAAAACAAGGACGAAAACAUCUCAAUCUUUUCGAAUUGAGAUUCCGCCUCGGUAUUCUCAAACGAUGAUACAGAAUAGCAUGAAUAGCGUCGUCGAGAAUCAACGUAUUCAGUCACGAAUUAUUUAGUUUUAACGUUACAUAUUAUUUAUUUUAUUUUUUAUUAUACAAGAUACUUAUACGCAUGCAUACGUAUAGGUAUAUAUAAUGCAAUGCGCAUCGGGAUACUGCAGUUGUUAUAUUAUCACAAAUACAUGUUAUUGUAUUAUUGAUUUACGAGGAAAUUAUAUUUUUCAAAUAUUUGCAGAAAUAUCAAAAUCGUUUUAAAUCGCUCCGCUCGUCGAGUAUCGUAAAAAUUGUGUGAAAAUUGUUGUUAUCCUAAUUUCAUUUUAACGCUUCAGUGCACAGUUUUAUUCCUCAACCGCGUAUAGAAGAUUCAAUAUUUAUCCUAUAUUUCUAUUGUUAUAAUUAAUUAUUUUUACUAUUAUUCUCUUGCUGUAAAUAUGCUAACUCUACGUCCAGUCGAGUG